AUGCCAGCCAAAAACCCCAAGGGAGGCAAGGGAAAAGGAAACGACGCCUCCGAUGGCGGAGACAAGGGCAAAGGAGGCAAAGGCCUAAAGCCGGCCACUUCGAUCAAUGUCCGACAUAUUCUCUGUGAAAAAUACUCUAAAAAAGAAGAGGCUCUUGAGAAGCUUCGGAAUGGUGCCAAGUUUGAUGACGUAGCCAGGGAAUAUUCAGAGGACAAAGCCAGGCAAGGCGGAUCACUUGGCUGGAAACCACGCGGCAGUCUGCACGCGGACUUUGAAAAAGUCGCAUACGAGCUCGAGCCCAGCACGACGGCGAACCCGAAAUACGCCGAAGCCAAGACGAGCUUUGGUUAUCACAUCAUCAUGGUUGAAGGGAGGAAGUAG